UGCUUAGCAUUCAGAUAUGGCUGGUGUCAUCGAUCUCGUGAGGCCUGUGGCAAGUUUUGUGGCUCCUUAUCUGGUGAAUCCCAUCUCACGCCAAUUCAAGUACUUGUUCUUUCUUAGCAACAAUGUGAAGGCCAUUACUGAUGCCAUGGAUGAAUUGAGAAUCACGAGGGCGAGCACAAAGCAAAACAUCCAAACUGCCGAGCUAGAAGGCAAAACUCGCUCCCCAACAGUAGAGUUUUGGCUUCAAAAGGUGGACGCCGUUGAGCUUGAAGUGACUGCCAUCAAGCAAGCAUAUGAUCACAGAACAAACUGCAUCGCAAUGCCUUCACUCAAUAUCGUUUCAAAUUACAAGCUUGGCAGGCGAGCUUUCAAGAAGAAGGAAGAAAUGGUGGAACUACUUGACAAAGCAGCGAAGUUCGAUGUUGUGGCCAAGAAAUUGCCUCCGGGUCCUGCAAGAGAGUUGCCAACUCCUUCAAUAAUGGUCUCAAAUGAAAAUUCAAACCUUGAGACAAUAUACCAAUAUCUCAUAGAAAACAUGACUGGGAUCAUUGGGAUAUGGGGCAUGGGAGGGGUCGGCAAAACCACACUCUUGAGGAGCAUCAACAAUGAAUUCUAUCGCUCAAAAGAUGGCAUGUUUGAUCAUGUCAUUUGGGUUGUGGUUUCUCAACAAUACAGCUAUGUAAAGAUUCGAUCCGAUAUAGCCAAGAAUUUGGGAUUGCCAUCUACCAAUGAAGAUGCUGAUGCAAUCCAUGAUUUUCUGAAAAUGAAGAGUUUCCUGCUAUUGCUGGAUGAUCUCUGGAGUGAACAUGAUCUCGAGAAGAUUGGGGUACCUCAUCCUAAAAUGCAUCAUGAUCAAGACAAGCACAAGAGGAUGGUGGUGUUCACAACGCGCUUGGAGAAUGUUUGUGGUGACAUGGAGGCCAAUAAGACGAUCAAAAUACAAUGCUUGGAUCAUGAUGCUGCAUGGGGUUUGUUCAAAGCCAAAGCCGGUGAAGAACUCAUUGCAUCCGAUAAUCUAAUUCAACAGCAUGCAGAGGGUGUUGUGAUGGAAUGUGCUGGUUUGCCACUUGCUCUUGUCACAGUUGGGAAAGCCAUGCGCACCAAGAAGACAGCACAAGAAUGGGAGUAUGUGGGCAACAUGAUGAGGAAAUCAAAGUAUCCAAGCAUUCCAGGUAUGAGGAAGGAAUCUGACUUCUUUCCUAUUUUGAAGAUCAGUUAUGACAAUUUGGAGAGUGAUAUUUUGAGACAAUGCUUCUUGUAUUGUUCCUUAUGGGGUGAGGAUGUGGCCAUAGCUAUUGAUGAUCUCAUACAAUGUUGGAUGGGGCAUGGUUUGUUAGAUGAUUUUGAUGACCUUAGUGAAGCUUACAACAAAGGUGGGAUCAUCAUUGGAAACCUGAAAGGAGCAUGCUUACUAGAAACAGUUGCCCUACCUUGGUUACAUGAAGAGAGCUAUGUGAAGCUUCAUGAUGUGAUCAGAGAUCUUGCCUUAUGGAUAACUUCAGAUUGUGGGAGAAACAAGCAAGGAUGGUUGGUGCAACCAAACUCUAACUUAGAAAGAUUACCAGAAGAUGUCAUCAAUGGGGAAGUGAUUAACAUUUCAGUUAACAAUAUGAAAGCGUUGGAUGGAUUUAUUAAUUUCCAUAAGCUCAAAACAUUGAUUCUCUCCGCAGAUACUAGAGAAUAUCUUAUUACUCCUGAAUUCUUUACAAAAAUGCGUUGCCUCAAGUAUUUGGAUCUAAGUCAUGCUAGUAUCGAAAUUGUACCUGAAGAGAUUGGUGGACUUAAUGGGUUGGAAUAUCUCCAGUUACCAAGAAAUCUCAGAUCUUUACCCACUGCUUUGGGUGAUUUGAAGAACUUGAAGUAUCUAUAUAUUUUCGAUUUGUCUGAGGCAAAGAUUCCUUAUGGGCUGAUAGCAAGGCUAACAAAGUUGCGAGUAUUGGAUCUAUUUUACACUGGUGACGUCUACCUUGAAGAAAGGCAUGUGGAUGAGUUGCUGAUCUUAAAAGAAUUGAAAGGAGUGGGGAUUAACAUAAAAGCCAGUUCUACAUUAUUGGAAAGGCUCCGUCCUGUUCCAAAAAGGAGACUUCGUUUGUGCUGCUUGGAUGAUGAAUCAGAUUUUACUUCUAUCAGCAUAUCUCCCUUACAUCUUGGAAGCAACAGCAUGACAAACCUUCAUGAAUUGACUAUUUCCAAUAUCGAAAGCUUACAGGAAUUGGUAAUGACAACAGAAAAUGACAGUUCUUGGUGCCUCUCUCAUUUGAAUGAAUUAUAUUUAGAUGAUCUCCCUCAUCUAAAGAAUGUCAUUUGGAAGGACUUGGAAACACAAUUUUUUCUCCCCGGGCUGGUUUACUUAUUUAUCAUUAACUGCAAUAGCUUGACUAGCUUGUGCUGGACUGCUCACCUACCACGUCUUAAACAACUCACUAUAUCACAAUGUGAUAAACUGGAGAGUAUUAUUAAAACUGGUGAUGAUGCUACAAAGGUGAUUGAAGAAGAAGGUAACCUUUUCAAGAGUCUCAACUUAUUGUAUCUUACGGAUAAUCCAAAUUUGGAAUGCAUAUGCGAGGGAGAACUAUCCCUUCCUUCUAUUGAAUUGAUUACAUUUGAAGGUUGUGACAAGUUGAGAAAGCUCCCACUUGGAUUAGACAGUGCUAAGAACCUAGAGAGCAUAGAUGUCUCAUCCACCAUGUGGGACAACAUCGAUUGGGCACACAAGGAUCACUUCUCCCAUUUAGUGCGUACUAUUGUUUAAGACGAUUUAUAUAGCUGUGUCACAAUAGCAUUUCUGUUUUACUUCAUGUAACCCUAUAAAUUAUAUUGGUUUUGUUUACCUCUUUAAUGACAAAUGCUCCUUAU